GCCGAGCAGACUCGGAUGUGUCUAGCCUUAUCAACAGCGCGACAGGUCUGCAAGCAUGUUCGUCAGCAUAGCGCGACCUGAGCGAUUUUCUGCCAUCGACGCGUAUAUCCAGCCGCGAGCUCACCCGUCCAGUCGCAGCUGUUAUCCAUGAUGUGGCGGAUCGGAUGUACACGUGCGUCAUCAAACUGACCAUCUGAAGAGUCGUGCGCGAGAUUCCACGACUGCUUACCAUACACAGAAACAGUGGCCCCGUCUGUCUUGCAUUGAUGCUGCAGUCAAAAUAUUGAUAGGAGGAACACCAUCCACGCUCGACCGUCCACUAUGCCGUCGGCGAGUGUUGCUAAUUUCGAAAACGAGGAUCUUCUCAGUUCCAGGCUUUUGUCUUUCAUGGCAAACAACGACACAGUGUCCAUAGGAUACGAUGGCAGCGGCUACAACAACGGAACUAAGUUCGUGCCUUCCACCGGUUUCGGAUCUCCUGGUGGUUCCUUCGAGAACUCGGACGCCGUGGGGUCCCACAACUUGCGGUCACCCCUGCAUCGCAAUGGCUCCACCCCUGCAAUGAUUAGUUUGCAAGAUCGGGUGAUUAAUGGCUCCACUAGCGAUGCGUUCUUUCCAUCUCAUUCAACCGGUUUUAUCUCUGGAUCAUGUACUCCGCCGCCCACUGUCCACCCGGUUUCAAGUGUUUCGACCAAUUUUCUACCAAUUCGCAAUCAACAUGGGGCGCCUCCCUAUUCCGCACUCACCUCCCCGUGCCUCGGUAGUAAGUUGAAUCCUGGCUCCGGUGUAACACAGCUCCUGAGUUACAGCAACAGCGUUGCUCCAAAUGAGUGCCAUAGCCUCCAGAACUCACCUUUUUACAAUCACUAUCCAAUAAACGGGAUGCAGGCACAGCUUCAUCGACAACUGGGGGGCAUUUCACCCAAUCCCAUAGGAACUCUUUUACCAAACGGUGUAGGCGGCUUGGGCCCAGCACAAAACAGAACAGGCCUAUAUCAGGAUGGUAACUUUUCACUUAGCGGCAACUUACGAUCCCUCAACCUUGGCAACUCUAACUCGAAUUGUCCGCAGCGUGAACUCUUUCCCACAUCGCACCAGUCCGGGGCACAGAGUAUUUUUGGCUCCGGUUUGCUCAUACAAGAUCGGCUUCACUACUACUCUUUGGCCCAAAAGCAGGGUUAUAUUGUAGGCGCUGAACUUGAACGCGUGAAGGAGAACUCAUGUCGAUCGACCAGUCAGUCCUAUGGCAGGAUAGCUGCACAUUUUCGUCAUCGAUAUGGUGAAACCGAAGCAAAAACUAAAGCCGCGUACUUACAAAUUGGUGUCCGUGUUCCCAGUAAGGACCAUGUCUCAGAAAUCGUCGGAAAAGGGGGUAAGUUUCUUUUCCGCCGUUAA